GCUUGAUUGACUGAUUGUCCUUGCAUCCCAUUCGCUCGACUCGUGAGAAGGCUGUGUCGUCUCUGGUGCGGUUGUUUGUUACGGUUCUGUGGUACUAUAUACAUAUGUAUUGUCGCUGAAGUACCACUCGCCUGCGGUGCAAACAAAUCAUUCAGUGCAUUCAGAAUAUCUUGGCCAUAACGAGAAUGUAAUGGGCCUGCAUAGCAUACUAAUUAUUGUGCUUGUUAAUCCUUCAGUUAGUAAGUACCUUUUCGUGAUUGCCGCUUUGGGUGAAAUGCUCUAUGCCCGGCUCCUUCCCGUUUCAGAUGCUCUGCUUGACCGGUGCGAUGCGAUGCUUCAGACCACAAGCAUUCGACACGGUGAUUCUUUACCAUAUAAAAUGCCGUCAAUGUAUAGGCACAUGCUCCGUCAUUUACUUUGAGAUCUAGCAGCUUCAUUGUUGCUUUUUGCGACGCCGAGCCCAUCAGCCAGGAUGGCCGACAGCACUAUACCAUCACCUUCGCAGUUGGCGCUCGCGCUGGCCAUCGUCAAGCAAAAGCCACUCGGAACCACCAUGAAAGAUUACUUUACUCGCAUUCGGCAGUUCAUCAAAGCAGUCACGCCGACAGACCGACCCACAAGCCGAGACCAGUUCUUUGACAGUGUCGCAUUCUGGCAGAAGGCGUACGAGACAUCCGAAGCCGAACAGAGCAAGCUCCUUGACCGGAUAUACGAGCUGGAACAACGCAACGAAGUGCUUACCACCAAAUUACACGGCUCGAAUGCUGUCUCGAAAGACAUGGCACAGGAACCCACGAAGCGGAAGGCGACCUUAGAUGCUAGCAUGGCUGGCACUAAUACUUCAAGGAAGAAGCCCAAAUCACAGACGCUGUCACAGAGCAGAGCCUGUAUGCUGACUGAGAAUACCUCCACUGGGCGGGACGGUCAGGUACUUGAGUACCUUGAGGAGCCUACAGCAUCAUUUAUGAGGAGGUUCUACACUCUGCAGAAGUUGUUGCAGCGAAGUACCAAUAAUCCAGCUAUUGCGCAUGCUGCAGGUGAACUAUGCUCCGUCGCAGAAAAUGAUAUACUCCGUGCAGUCCAACAGCAAGCUGGUCCCAGUGCGGAAGGAAUAGAUGCAUCUGUCGCCAAGAAUCCAAGUGUAUCGGCGAUUUUGAACAGUAUAUACAGCGCCUAUCAGCUACUGCUGAAAGCUUUGAAGAAGGUUCCUUCAACCGAAUCAGCAGUGCAAGUUCGUGGCCAGGUCAUUUUCCACAUUGUUCGACUGUCCGAGACAGUCAUCAAAGCGUUGAGUACCCAUUGCCGAUUCAAUGCUAAGCAGCAACGUUCAACUGCGGCGUCAGCGACCAAAUCGAGGUCCUCUGCGAGGUCAAAAAGGUCCAAGAAAGUCCAUUCGAACGAUAAGACCCCGUCAAGCACGAAUGAUGAGGUUGCCCAGCUGAUGAGUCUGCUACUUUGCAGAAUGGCUCUUUCACUGGACAAGACAUGCUCAAAGACCUCAGACCUACGAAACGGUUUUAGCUACGUGUUGCUCAGCCGUGUUGGCGAGUUACUUUGUUUAUUUGUCUUCAAAGACCUCCAUCUGCAAUCCGAUCUGGAAGGAGAUCCUGCUAAUUUGUCACUCCCACAUGGCCUAGAGGAUGUGCAGCUUGACGAGGAAUCCGUCCUAGCUGCUGAGAUAGAGGCCAAACAUCUCAUACCACCCCUCGAAAGACUACUCGCCGUACUGAGUCCACCGUUGUUGCCUGGGGAGCUUCACUGUGCGGCGGGAAUCAAAGGAAGACUGCAAAGCACUCUUCUGCAAGCGGUAUUUGGCCAAGACUCAAGAUUCGGCGAAGCUUUGCGCCCACUCCACCAUGACGAUACUUUGAACAUCUCCCUCAGCACGGCGCCUAUCCCUGAGCAAUCUGUAUCGGAAUGGUUUGUUCAAGAAACUUGGAGACUUCUCGGUUGGGACUUGGUGGCAGGUCCAACAUUGGGUGGAUAAUGUCUCUGGUGUGGACUAUAUCAUAUCAUAAAGCUACUAUAUCUUACGCAAUAUAGCUUGUGGCACGUAUAGCUACCAACUGAAGAUGCACCUUUACAGAAUCAGAAUCCUACAGGCACACGAACCCCCCCUUUCAUUGUUGCAGAGAUGUCUGAAACUUAUUUUAGCUUUAAAAUGCGAGCCGCGUUGUCUCCCAAGACCCCUGCAACGGUCUCAC